AUGAGACACUUACUUACCGAAGUCAACGUACCCAUCCCUGAUAAGGUCACCAUCACUGCUAAAUAAAGAGUAGUUGAAGUCAAGGGACCCUUAGGUACCAUCAAGAGAGCUUUCAGAUACGCCUCUGUUGAUAUUCAAAAGCCUACCGCCGACAACGUUAAGUUAUAAAUCUGGUAAGCUUCCAGAAAGGAAAGAGCCGUCCUCCAAUCUAUUGCUUCUCAAAUCAAGAAUAUGAUUAGAGGUGUUACUGAAGGUUACAAAUUCAAGAUGAAGCUUGCCUUCGCUCACUUCCCCAUUUAAGAAGCUGUUGCUAAGGAUGGUUCCUCCAUUGAAAUUAAGCAUUUCUUGGGUGAAAAGAGAAUUAGAAGAAUCCAAGCUCUUCCUGGUGUCAAGAUCUCCAGAAAGGACGAAGAAAAGAAUACCCUCACCCUCUAAGGUAUUGACUUGAACAACGUCUCCCAAACUUGCGCUCUCAUCCACCAAUCUUGUUUGGUCAAAGAAAAGGAUAUCAGACAAUUCUUGGACGGUAUUUACGUUUCUGAUAAGAGACUCGCCAUGAACGAGUGA